AUGUCACAUACCAUUAUUCGCCUUCAAGUGCACCUUCCUGAUAAUCAGAUAGUAUAUUUUAACGAGGGAGAAGAACAAGUAGCUAUUAAUUGUGCAGCACAGUGUGACACUUACAUAACCGCUUGGUUUACAUUAAAUGCUGAAAAUUUUGAAGCACGUUGCUAUUAUUAUAUUGAAAUUCCAUAUCACUUUGUGUUUGGUGGUAAAAAUUGCAAGUGGAAAGUAAGAAAAAGAGGUAGUGAUAUGGUGAUAGUGCGAAUGUAUAAAGUCAAUCUAACCAGUGAAGUAUUUUUUCUUAGAUUGUUGCUUUUGCAUGUAAAAGGUGCAUUAUCUUACGAGAAUUUGCGCACUGUGAAUGCUGAUUAUAAUCAGUUUUUAGAUUCUAUCCCAGAAAAUGACGAUGAAGAUGUACAGGUAUUUAUUGAUGAAGCAAAUCGAGUUAGACCAUUAUUAAAUGAUAAUCAGCGUAAUGUAGCUGAUGCAAUCCUUGCUGCACUCAAUGAAGAACCUAAUAAUGAAAAUAAGCAUUCAAGAUUGUUUUUUAUGGAUGGGCCUGCUGGUUGUGAUAAAACAUUUACUUACAAUUAUUUAAUCACUGAAACACGCAUCAGACAUACUAGAACUGCAACAGCUGCACGGACAGGAAUAGCUGCAACUCUUCUUAAAAAUGGAUGCACACUGCAUGGCUUAUUCAAACUUUCUGUGCCAAUUUUGGAAAAUAACACAUGUAAUGUAACUCCAAAUUCUAUUCAUGGUGAAUUCCUGAGACAAGUAAGUUUGUUUUUACUUGAUGAAGCAUCUAUGAUUCCUAAACAUGCUUUAAGUGCCAUUGAUAAGCUAUUACAAGAUAUUUGUAAUAAUAACUUUUCUUUUGGUGGUAAAGUUAUUCUUAUGGGUGGAGACUUUAGACAAAUACUUCCAGUUGUGAAAAGAGGUCGACCAGCUGAAGUUGUAGAAUCAUGUUUAAAAUGUUCUGAACAUUGGCAGUAUGUGCAAAGGUUUUCAUUAACUGAAAAUAUGAGGGUUCAGAUAGGAGAAGAGGAAUUUUGUCAAUGGCUUUUAAAGCUUGGAAGUGGAACUUUACCUGUCAAGUCUGAAGAUCCUUUGCGAGGGUGUAUUGAAAUACCUGAGCAGUGCUUUGAAAACGAUAACGAAUCUAUUGUGGAAAAGAUUUUUGGUGGCGCAGAGGAAGCUGAUUAUGCUAACCGUGCUAUUUUAACACCAACAAAUGUUGAUUCAUUGGCAAUAAAUAAAAAAGUCCUUGAUCGUUUACCUGGUGAUACUAAAAUUUACUUAAGUUCAGAUAGCAUUGAAACUGAUAAUUAUAAUGAAAUUUAUAAUUUUCCAGUCGAGUCUUUAAAUAGUUUGACUCCAUCAGGUAUGCCUGUUCAUUGCCUAAAAUUAAAAAUUGGUGCUGUUGUAAUGCUACUUAUAAAUUUAGAUCUUAAAGGCGGACUUUGUAAUGGAACACAUUUGAUGGUACGUGCACUGCACAACAAUUAUAUUGAUGGACAGGUUCUAAUAGGGAUAGCAGCUGGUAACAGGAACUUUGUUCCUCGAGUUCAAUUAGCUCCAUUGGAUUCAAAUUUACCCUUUAUACUCAAACGUCGUCAGUUUCCAGUUAGGCCCAAAUCUAGUUUCAAAAUCCACUGUCCAAACAACUCCUUUGAAACUUACUUAACUAGUGUCAACAGCGAACUAAUAUUUAAAGAACUAAAAGUUGAUGAACUCGAAAAUGCAAUAAACUUUAUUAAAAUAAACAAGUCUCCAGGUGUAGAUGACAUUAGCAGUAAUAUUGUUGCUAAUGUUUCUUCGCAGAUACGCAAACCUAUUUUUGAAAUAUUUAUAUAA